GCAUCAAUUUCUCCAUCCUUCAAUUCAAGUAACAUUACUAAACUUUGACAAAAGAUGGGUUACAAGGCAUUUCUGUUUCUUGGCCUUUUUUUGGCCAUUUUUCUAAUGAUAAGCUCUGAGGUUUUAGCUAGGGAGUUGUCUAAGACUUCCACCACUUCAGCAGAGGACUCAAACAAAACCACUAGCAAGAAUGAAGUACAUGAAGCUCAAUAUGGUGGUGGAGGAUACCCUGGCGGUGGCGGCGGAUACCCUGGAGGCGGUGGCGGAUAUCCUGGCGGCGGCCGUGGUGGUGGUGGAUACCCCGGUGGCGGCCGUGGUGGUGGUGGAUAUCCUGGCGGUGGACGUGGUGGUGGCGGACGUGGAGGUGGCGGACGCGGUGGUGGUGGAGGAUACUGCCGCUAUGGUUGCUGCGGCCGCCGGAAUUACAAUGGUUGCAGCAGGUGCUGCUCCUACAAAGGUGAGGCCAUCCAUGGAUAAGGUCACCAUAUAAAACCUUUGUACUUGCAAGAUGUAAUAGUAAUAAUCUUGCAGCUUUUUAGAGCUUGUUGUAACAAGUUAUGAAUAAAAUUAAGUCAUCAUUUAAUAUUUCUGUUAAUUAUACAACGGUGUGAUAAUGUUUUCCUUU